GUAGAUAUGUUUGUGCAAGGAAAAGUGUUCGCUUUUAGUUUGGAUUUGGAAAGGUACUAACGAAGGUGACGCAUUCCUUCGACGCUGUGUCUUAGUUCGAAUGGGCUCAGAAUGAAUAGGAACACUCUGAGAAAGAUGGCUCUGAAAUGAGAGGGCUCGCUCGGUUCAUACACUCACUCAUUUUCUUCAAGAAUGUACCUUGGAGCGUGAGGCAGCCAGUUCGAUUAUUAGCAGGCUUUCUAUUCCUGUUGCUGGAACAAAGCAUGUCCUUCCGUCUCGUGCGCAACGGCCCACAAUUACUUGGUUGUUUUACUAUGUUUCCUCCCAGAUCUUCAGGGAACUGCGGCCGACGUGCACUUAGCAUCUUUCAGUACUUGCUCGUCUUUGCAGUCACACGCGGCUACCGCCUCGGCAACAGUAAGCCAGUCAUCACCGGCGAAGGCCAUGAGUUGGUCUAUCGGGAUCUCAAGCCCACCGAUGUGGGCGUGCUCCUCCUGUUCCACGGCUGUUCGCACCCGGUGGAAGACUGGCAGUUCCUUCCGGAAGAGCAAUCGUUCUUGCGUGAGGCGCAGAUGAAAAAUCUCGGGUACAUUGCCUUCGAGACGCCCAUGGGCAAAGAGGGCGGGUGGUGCUGGCCCCCGAAGCAGGACGAGGAAAAUGUUGACAAGGUGCUCAAAGUGGUGCGGGCGCAGCUGGCGAUCGAACCGGACCACCCCGCGUGGAAGAAGACGUUCUGUCUGGGUGGCAGCUCCGGCGGGAACUUCAUCGGCGUCAUGGGUGUGAAGGCGCCGGACAUCUGCCAGGGCUUCGCCUUCUACGUUUCCCCCGGCGGCAUUUCGACACAGCAGGUGGCCCAAAGCGAAUCGCUGCGGUCGAAGCCAGUGGCCUGGGUGUACAUGGACAAGGACACGCAGUUUGCGUCCGGGCACAAGAUCAGCCAGGUGCAGAACGCUUGGUGCAGUGGUGGAGGAGCAGAAGACGCGAACAAGAACUCAAAAGGUAAGUCGCUCUGCAAGAUGUUCAAUGUGAAGCCGCGGCCCUUGACCAAGGGCGAGCUGAACGCCCACCAUGACAAGUACGAUCUCUACGGCGAUCUCGUGGACAUGGGCUACCUCGACGUGGGCGGCUCCGCGAUCCGCGACCCCCGGUCAGAUCCCGGGUGGCAGGGCCGGUUCUUCAAGAAACCACUGUCGAAGGAACAGGACCAGCACCGCCUGGCAGUCGAGGAACUGAUGAACCGUGCCUGGGCGCAGCACGAAUUUGCGGCAGAUUACGCGGAGGAAGUGUUGGAUCACUUGCUGCAGGCACCUGCGGCGGGGGCAGCGGUGGCGGAAAAACAUGAACAAGGAACGAAGUCCGAGUUUUGAAAAACAGAAAGGAACAAAUCAGAAUCGCAGCAGGAAUCAAUUGCAUUUUCGAAGAAAAAGAAAUAUUUUGCUCUUGCGGAACAGAUGAACAAUGCAACUAUCAUUUCACUAGCGGCAGCGCGAAGGAGCGUUGGUUUCUACUCGAAGUAGC